GUUAGAAAUAAAGAGGAGCUGAGCACCUGUGACGGUCUGGUGAUACCUGGCGGGGAGUCCACAACAUUGAGGAAGUGUUUCGCCUACGAUAACGAUGCCUUAUACAACGUAAGGAUUGCCAACUGGCGCGGAACGUGCGUGCGGUUGAUUCCCCUAACGGCCUUAAGGGAGUUCAUCCACGUCAAGAAGAAACCCGUAUGGGGGACCUGUGCGGGCUGCAUCCUCCUCUCGAACAACGUGCAGAACAAUGAGACGCAGAGCCAAGCAUACGGAAAAAAAUUUUCCUUGGGAGGCCUGGACAUCACCAUAAGCCGGAACUAUUACGGCUCGCAGAACGACAGCUUCAUAUGCUCACUGAAUGUACACUCAGAAAGCAGUGCCUUCAAGAAGAAUUUGCGCGGGGCUUGUAUACGAGCCCCUUACAUACAGAAAAUUCACUCGGACCAGGUUCACACACUCGCGACAUUUUCGCACGAAACCGCCGGUCCAAAUAUAAUAGCUGCUGUCGAACAGAACAACUGCUUGGGGAUGGUUUUCCACCCAGAGCUAAUGCCGUACAGUUCCUUUCAUCAGUAUUUUUACGAGAAGGUGAAAAAUAGUAAAAAGUGA